AUGACUUCAAAAGCUUACCCUUCAGCAGAGCCUCCUCUGCUCAUCAAUCUCAGCCACUCACUGAGGGCUGCCACUGAGAUAUUCAUCAAAAGUCAUCAUCCAGGAAGCACAUAUACCCAGACAAGAAGGGACACCCAGAAGAAUGAACUAGCUUUCUCCAUUCAGUCAGCACGCAAACCAAGCAUCUUUGACAGGAAUGAUGAGGAACUCUAUGACAACUGUGUUCUCCAGUGUCUUGUGAUCUCACCUGCUGGCUGGCCAAUCUAUGACUACAGAUCACCCUUGGAGCUUCUCACAGUACUUCAUGAUGCAAUAAAGGCGCACCGGUCUCUUUACCUGGAUGGGAACAUUCUUCAUUGGGAUAUUUCAGAGAACAACAUAAUAAUAACUGAUCCAGACAAGGCAGAUGAUUACUCAGGAAUGCUAAUUGAUCUGGAUCUUGCUCAAGAAGUUGGGAGUGGACAAAGUGACUCACAGCACCGCACUGGUACAAUGGAGUUCAUGGCAAUUGAGGUGCUGUGUAAUAUUGACCAUACCUAUCAGCAUGAUCUUGAAUCAUUUUUCUACGUGUUUAUCUGGCAGUGCGCCCGUCAUGGUUGGGGGAAGGAUAAUAAUCCUAGGGAUAGUAAACUUCGUGCCUGGUAUACUGGUAGCUAA